CUCGAAGCCCAAAAAAUAUUUCUUUUGAAUUCUUUAUCCACUGUAACAAAGUUUUUCUAUUACGACAAAGUUAUAAGUCAAAUAAUUAUGGAAAACGAAAACAGAACAGAAGGAUAUAUCCAUGAGGCAGUUCGUAAUGGCAACAUUGACCAAGUUCGUGAAAUUCUAGAAAGUGACCCGUCUUGCGUAAAUGAUUGUAAUUUUAAUUUUGAUACACCUUUACUAACAGUCUAUGAUGUUAAUGGCCAAUUGGAUGAUGUACUACAGAUGAUGCAACUUCUGAUUGAUUAUGGGGCGGGUGUAAAUAUGCGAGGAAUAUUUAACCGCUCCAUACUCUAUUCAUCACUCAGAAGAAAGCACAUGAAUGGCGUGCAGCUUCUUUUAAAAAAUGGAGCUGAUCCAAAUUGGGUCGUGAGCGACAUUAUUGUUCAACCGAGAGAAGUUUCUGCUGAUUUAAUGAGGAUUGUGUUGGAACACGAGAAGAUAGACAGCGAUGUCAUGAAAUAUAGCAAUAUAGCGCCUGUAGACAAGGCCAUUCAUAACGUUGAAUUCAAUGUAUUAAAAAAAGUUGUAGCCUUGGGUUUCAAGACUACGAACAUUUACGAGCAAUUGUUACAUUUGCAUGAUUUUUCGAAUGAAGAUUCCGAAAAAGAGCAGCUUAUCGAGUACCUGCUAAGCCACGCGACUGAAAUAGAUUCACACGGUCACUUUACGUUAAAAGCACUAAACUGCUAUAGGGUGACAUAUUAUCACCACGACAAAAGACACUGGAAUACAUGUAGCCUAAAAAAGUAUCUACUGGAGCGGGGCAUCGAUGACGACGACGAUUUGGGUGAUUCUGACCUUCAUAGAGCUGUCCGAAAUGAAGACAAAGAACUUGUCCAAUCUUUGCUCGCAAAGGGAUCGAAUGUCAAUGCGAGAAAUAAUUUUGGUGACACGCCACUGCAUUUGCUGUUUGCAAUGGUCAAAACCUAA